GUAGUUGGUGGAGCGGCGGCGGCUGUAGCAGCGGCAGGAGGCGGCGAGAAGGACUCGGCGGCGGGGGGGAGGAGGGCAGGCGGCGGCGGAGCAGGAGGAGGGAAGGUGCUGGAGGCGUUCGCUCUCCGCGGGGACCGGAACACGGCCUCUCGCCCCCUCCCCCCGGCUCGCGCUGCCGCCCUGUAGUUGGCACCUCUGUCCCGGCUGACCCUAAGCGGUGGUGACGGAGGGAGAUGACCGGGGACCGCCGGCGCCAGUAACGGGGAGGUGCCGCGAGCCGCCGAGGGUGCGCCGAGUCCUGGUGCCGGGGCUGCCCGCCGCCCGCCCGCCGCCCGCGCGCGCGCCCGCCCGCCUCGCGGCCGCUCUCCCCCUCCCCGACACACACACACAGCCGGGCAUUGAUGGUAAUGUAUGCGAGGAAACAGCAGAGACUCAGUGAUGGCUGUCACGACCGGAGGGGGGACUCUCAGCCUUUCCAGACACUUAAGUAUUCGUCAAAGAGUCACCCCAGCAGUGGUGAUCACAGACAUGAAAAGAUGCGAGACGCCGCAGAUCCUUCACCACCAAACAAAAUGUUGCGGAGAUCUAAUAGUCCUGAAAACAAAUACAGUGACAACACAGGUCACAAUAAGGCCAAAAAUGUGCAUACUCAAAGAGUUAGAGAAAGGGAAGGUGGGACCAGUUACUCUCCACAAGAAAACUCACACAACCACAGUGCUCUUCAUAGUUCAAAUUCACAUUCUUCUAAUCCAAGCAAUAAUCCGAGCAAAGCUUCUGAUGCACCUUAUGAUUCUGCAGAUGAUUGGUCUGAGCACAUUAGCUCAUCUGGAAAAAAAUACUACUACAAUUGUCGCACAGAAGUUUCACAGUGGGAGAAACCAAAAGAGUGGCUUGAAAGAGAACAGAGACAAAAAGAAGCAAAUAAGUUGGCAGUUAAUAGUUUCCCAAAAGACAGGGAUUACAGAAGAGAGGUGAUGCAAGCAGCAGCCACUAGUGGGUUCACCAGUGGAAUGGAAGACAAGCAUUCCAGCGAUGCCAGUAGUUUGCUCCCACAGAAUAUUUUGUCUCAAACAAGCAGACACAAUGACAAAGACUACAGACUGCCAAGAGCAGAGACUCACAGUAGCUCUACGCCAGUACAGCACCCCAUCAAACCAGUGGUUCAUCCAACCGCUACCCCAAGCACUGUUCCUUCUAGUCCAUUUACGCUUCAGUCUGAUCACCAGCCAAAGAAAUCAUUUGAUGCUAAUGGAGCAUCUACUUUAUCAAAACUGCCUACACCCACAGCUUCUCUCCCUGCACAGAAAACAGAGAGAAAAGAAUCUGCUCCAGGAGACAAGUCAGUAUCACACUCUUGCACAACUCCUUCCACAUCUUCAGCCUCUGGCCUGAACCCUACAUCUGCGCCCCCAACAUCUGCUUCAGCCGUACCUGUUUCUCCCGUCCCACAGUCGACAAUACCUCCAUUACUUCAGGACCCAAACCUUUUUAGACAGUUGCUUCCUGCUUUGCAAGCCACGCUACAGCUUAAUAAUUCUAAUGUGGACAUAUCCAAAAUAAAUGAAGCAGCUGUAACACAAGCUUCCCUGCAGUCUAUCAUCCACAAGUUUCUUACUGCUGGACCAUCUGCUUUCAACAUCACCUCUCUGAUUUCUCAAGCUGCCCAGCUUUCUACACAAGCCCAGCCAUCUAAUCAGUCUCCAAUGUCUCUAACGUCUGAUGCUUCAUCCCCAAGAUCCUAUGUGUCUCCAAGAAUAAGCACACCUCAGACUAACACAGUCCCCAUUAAACCUUUGAUUAGUACUCCGCCUGUCUCAUCACAGCCAAAGGUUAGUACUCCAGUAGUUAAGCCAGGACCAGUGUCACAUUCGGCUACACAGCAGCCCGUGACUGCUGACAAGCAGCAGGGCCAUGAUCCUGUCUCUCCACGAAGUCUUCAGCGCUUAAGUAGCCAGAGAAGUCCAUCACCUGGUCCAAAUCAUACUUGUAGUAGUAAUGCAUCAACUGCAGCUGUUGUACCACAGAACGCAUCUGCUAGGCCUGCGUGCUCAUUAACACCUACUCUAGCAGCACACUUCAAUGAUAAUCUCAUAAAACAUGUUCAAGGGUGGCCUGCAGACCAUGCAGAGAAACAGGCAUCAAGAUUGCGUGAAGAAGCCCAUAAUAUGGGAAGUGUUCAUAUGUCAGAAAUAUGUACUGAGUUAAAAAAUUUGAGAUCAUUAGUUCGAGUAUGUGAAAUUCAAGCAACUUUGCGAGAGCAGAGGAUACUCUUUUUGAGACAACAAAUUAAGGAACUCGAAAAGCUAAAAAAUCAGAAUUCCUUCAUGGUUUGAAGAUGUGAAUAAUUGCACAUGAUCUCAUAGAGGAACUGUAAAUCUGUUGCCCAGUCAUAACAUUUUGAGCUGCAUUUCAGUAGACCAUGGACCGUUAAGCUGGGCAAAUGAAAUGACAAGGGGACGGGGUCUGUGAGAGUCAAUUCAGGGGAAAGAUACAAGAUUGAUUUGUAAAACCCUUGAAAUGUAGAUUUCUUGUAGAUGUAUCUUCACGUUGUAAAUAUGUUUUGUAGAGUGAAGCCAUGGGAAGCCAUGUGUAACAGAGCUUAGACAUCUGAAACUAAUCAAUGCUGAGGUGGCUAAAUACCUAGCCUUUUACAUGGAAACCUGUCUGCAAAAUUAGCUUUUUUUAAAAAAAGAAAAAAUUUGGGGGGUUAAUUUAUCAUUCAGAAAUCUUGCAUUUUCAAAAAUCCAGUGCAAGCGCCAGGUGAUCUGUGUGUGAGGAUACGAUUUUGAACCUUAUGAGCAGUGUACAAAUAUCAUGAGACAACUGAUCAGCACUUGCACCUGAUCAAGAGCAGUGCUGCUCCAUUUGUUUUGCAAAGAAAUGUUUUCAUUUCCUGUAUGUUCCAUUCCCUCUGAAGUCCCUUGGCCUGAUUUUAUCCAUUUUUUUAAAGGUGCCCUCUUUCCUUUCUUGGGGCACUGUUGCUGUGGCACUUUUCUAUAACCUUCUCAUUCCUGUGUACAGUAGCUGGAGUUGCAGUGAUUGAGCAUAACCCACGUUUGUAUAAAUUAUUGAAAUCCAUUUUCACCCUGUAAGAAUGGACUUAAAGUACUGCUGGGCAAGUGUGCUGGAAGUACAUUGACUGCUCAAAUACAAGGAAGUGGCCCAAUGAACAUGGUUGUGGGAGGGGAAAGGAGAAACAAAGCUAGUCAGAUGUGAAUUGUAUCUGUUGUAAUAAACAUGUUUAAACAAACACAGUUUGUUACUUUUUUUUCUUUCGGUCAGUACAUAUUAGAAUUUGAACUACAUGAGGUUCUUUAUCAAAACUAUUCUUGUUGAAUAUUUAUAUCUUAUUACAAGUAAUAAUUCCUUAUAUGGAGGUUUUGUUUAAAGCACUAACAAUAAAUUGUGUAAAAGAUACUCAAUGAAUGUGAAAUUCAACAAGAAUGAGGAGUCACUUCCCAAGUGGUGUCAUUUGUUCAACUUGGUUUACUUGUCUUGCUAUUCUGACACUUCAUUUUGAAGGAUGUCUGUGUUGUACCUAACUUUUCAAGUCUGGUGCUGACUGUUGUUCUUAGCAUCACAAACAGUUUGUGUCAUUGAAUUUCCUGCUGUUAACAGAAACAACAGGAAAGCUCAGCUUUGUAUAGUGUUUCCUAAAGUAUAUUAAAAUAAAAAAGAAACGAUUGCUACUAUAAAGCUA